GGCGAGACACAAAAGGGAGGGGACUGCGGCUGAGAAUGGAAACCGAAAGUUGAAUGGGCGUUGCAGCUCAGCCGGGAAAAAGUUACUCGUGGACAAACAUUUCCUGCCAAUAUGGCUGAGAAAGAGGCUUUUCUUUUCCCUGUCCUGGUGGCGGGGAAUUGGGGCUCGCGUCUUAACAAGAACCUGAAAAACAAACUCUUGUGUUACUUCCAGAGUAAGAAGAGGUCGGGCGGAGGAGAGUGCAGGAUCCAGGUGGAAUCGAGCCAUGGAGAGUCGAUUACCGUUCACUUUGCGGAGGAUAAAGUGAGGCAGAGAGUUCUUGGCAUGAAGACCCAUGAACUCAUCUUACCAGGGGAAGAGAAGUUAAAGCUAACCGUCUCUCUGCCUGCAGUGACAACUGACGAAAAUGAGUCACAACAGGAACCCAAUCCCAAUAAUCAAGACUCCAUUGAAGUCAGUCAGCCUCAAGAGCCCAUGAGAGAGCAAGGUUCUAACUUUGAGGCCACUUACGCAGAUCUGCAAGCAAGAGGAGAACCUGAGGUGCCUGAAGUCAGUGUCUCUGCUAUGAUAGUAUCCGAGAAAAACCAGGAGUCCAACCCAUCAGGAAUGUUUGAAGAGAAAGGCCCUCCAGAAAGUGCUUCAAGAGGCAGAAUAAAACAGAAAGAAUUCCGUGUGGAGAUAGUGACAGCUGCUGGAGAGGACAUCGAGGAGGAAAUUGUGGAGAUGUACUUUGAAAAUAAGAAGAGAUCUGGUGGGGGACCCAUUAAGUCCUGCGUGAAAGAUGGUCAACGGUUAAUUAUUACUUUUGAAAAAGAAGAAGAUGCUCUAGAAGUCUUGCAAAGAAAGAAUCACGCAGUAAAGAAAAUUGCACUUCAUGUCCAGAAGUGUCUGCCAGAGAUUACUCAGCCACACGUACUGACUUCUCGAGUUGUGCUUGAGAACGUGCCGGAGACCAUAAACCAAUGUAUGCUGAUUCUAUUGGUAGAAAAUGUCAGUGGCUUAUCUGAAGAAGACUGUGAUUUCAGUGUGGAGAUUAUACCCGAGGAAACUGUUGCUGUAAUUACACUCUUCAAGCCUACUGACAUAGAUGAAUUCAUCAUGGCGUUCAAUGAAAACCACAGGGUUAAGCAACUGAACAUUUCUGCACGUUCUCUGGAGGUAACCAAAAGCAUUCUGGUUGAGGACAUCCCCUCUGACAUCUCCAGUGAUUUUAUUGUUAUCCAUUUUGAAAGCAAGAAGCAUGGAGGUGGGCCGGUGCUAGAGGCCAGUUAUCUUUCUGAAGAGAAUUCGGCCAUCAUUACUUUUCAGUAUAGCAAAGAUGUAACUACAGUCUUGGCACAGAAGCAUUAUUUCAACCAGUGUCCGGUUUCUGUUCAUCCGUACUACAACUUGUUGGGCACAGCUUUAUACGGGAAGGCAAGGCCACAGCCUAAGAUGCCAGAACCAAUCGGAAUCGCCUUGGAUCCAUACCACUGGCAAUUUUUACAGCAGAAUAGGCGUUUACUUCAGGAAAUAGAUCAUGAAAUGGCCAACUUCUGUUGUGAAAUACAAUGGCCCAUCGGACAUUGUGCAUGUCCAGAAGUUACGAUUUAUCCUUCACAUGCCUUGUUAAAACAGAGAAGAUCCUUGGCCAGGACCUGGAGUGAAGGUGCUUCCAGCCAGUUUGCUCAGGUUCUAUCAAGGCAGAAAGUCGUAAAAUGCAAAGUGAUUGCUGAAGUGUGGGAAGCUAUAAGAAAUGGUGUAGUAAAAGAUGACAUUUUGAUCCUCCCAGAUAUUCCACAGGGAAUAGUUGUCUUGGUGGGUGCAGAAAAAGAUGUGGAUUGUGCAGAGCAAGAGAUGAAGGUGCUCGUAGGAAAGGCUGUUACAAAGAUUGAAAGGGAAAGGCAAGCAAUAGAGGUGAUUGUGACCGUGGAUGCUGUAAAAUACGCCAUUUUAAAAAAUGCUGGACUACUGGAAAGUAUUGGUGUGGAGUAUCCAGACCUAAAGAUUUCCUAUGACACUUCAAAAGAAAGUAUAUGUUUGUUUGGUGUAGCUGCUGAAGCUUUUAAAACAAAAAGUGAUAUCCUUGAAAGAAUAUCCAGUAUGGCCCAGAAGCCUAUUGAUGUUCAUGCUUACAUAUUAGUUUUUCUACAUCAUGUCGAUCACGAAACUCUGUCACAACUCUUAUUCUGGGCCAAAAGAAUUAAUGCCUUUUAUGAGCUUAAGGAGAAGGUGGUCCUACUGACAGGAGUAACUCCUCAUGACCUUCUACAAGCUGAAGGAGAAAUGAAGAAGGAUCUGGACUACAAAUGUAUUGAACUGGAAGACAAUUUGGUCAUUCAGAAGAGGGAGUGGAGGGAACUGACCAAUAGUUUGUACAAGGCUCAUAACUGUUCAAGUGAAGCAAUCAUAAUUAACGAGUUGGACGAUCGAGUAGUCAUAGCAGGUUUCUUCAGAGAGGUGGCCGAUGCUGCUCAGAAGCUCUCUGAUUUUGUUGAUAGUAAUACUUGCAUUCAAAAAACUAUCAGGACUAAAUCUGAGGCAGUUACAAUGUAUGUAGAAAAGGAAAAACACAAUACUUGGCACAGCCUAGAACAGCGUGGUGUGAAAAUAGAUUUUGGAACGCAAACAAGUCACAGACUGAUUUCCCUUGCUGGCCCGAGAAUAGAGGUCCUGAAAGGAAUUGAUCACUUCAAACAACUAUUGUCUUCUCUGUGUGCCUCAAGAAUGAUAAUUGAUAAACCAGGAGCCAAAGCUUUGUUCAAGGAACAAGAACAUUUGUAUAUUACAGGGGCAAAACAACAAUUUAAUUGCUUGAUCAGGCUUCAGGAGGAUGGGGAAGAACCUGAAAAGGAUGACGACGACGACGGGAAUAUUCAUGAAGGAUGUGGAAAGUUGUGUUGUGAAGUAAAGAUGAGAAAUGGUGUUGUAGUAGCAGUUCGUAAAGGUGACUUAACUUGUUAUCCAGUUGAUGUUGUGGUCAAUGCAUCAAAUGAAGACCUGAAACAUAUCGGUGGUCUCGCAGAUGCCUUGUUAAGAGCAGCAGGCCCUGAGCUACAAAGAGAAUGUGAUAAUCUUGUAAGAAGGCAUGGACAAGUGAAGCCGGGCUGUGCAGUUAUAACAAGUGCCGGGAAUCUACCAUGUAAACGGGUGAUUCAUGCAGUCGGGCCAAGGUGGAAAAGUUUUGAAAAGGAGAAGUGUGUACUGCUGUUAAAGAAAGCUGUGAGGGAAAGUUUACAGCUGGCAGCAUCCCAUAAUUAUUGCUCCAUAGCUAUCCCUGCCAUCAGCUCUGGGAUCUUUGGAUUCCCACUAAAAGAGUGUGCCCAUUCCAUUGUGACAGCCAUCAAGGCAACUUUACAGGAAUCUAUUGAGACUGGCUGCCUGAAACAGGUGGACCUGGUGGACUUUAAGGAUGAUACAGUUCAGGCUUUCACUGAUGCUUUGAAUGAAAUAUUCAGAGAUGAAUCAUUUCCAUCGAGAGGCGAAUCCUCUUCAUCGAACCCUGAAACUGGGAACCACCCCAGACAGAGAAGAACAGAAUAUAAUGGAAUAACUACUCCUGAAGGUCUGGUGAUAAUACUACACCAAAAAGGAAUUGAAGAUGCUUCAACUGAUGUCAUUGUCAACAGUGUUGCCAGAGACCUAAAACUUGACAAAGGCCCACUCUCCAAAGCUCUGCUGGGCAAGGCAGGGUCUGCUCUCCAGAAGGAAUUAGUCACACAAGGCCAAGGAAGAAUCAUUACAGAAGGCUGUGUGUUAAAAACAAAAGGCUACGCUUUGGGUUGCUCUUGCGUACUCCAUGCAGUUUUCCCUGGCUGGGCCCAAGGUCAAAAAUCUGAAGACAAGAAGUUGGGGGAAAUUGUUGAAGAAUGUUUGACCAUCACUGAACAGAACUUUCUGAGUUCCAUCACAAUUCCAGCAGUUGGGACUGGUAAUUUAGGAUUUCCCAAGCCACUUGUUGCCAAACUGAUGUUUGAUGAAGUGUUCAAAUUCAGUCAGAAACAGAAUCCAAGGACCCUUCAAGAGGUUCACUUUGUGUUGCAUCCAAGUGACACUGGCAGCAUCAAGGCCUUUACAGAUGAAUUAAACAGAAGACUGGAUAUGGGUCAUAGUAGUGUUUCAGUAUUUGAGCCAGAACCUGAGACUUCCCAGCAAGGCCAAGCUUUGGGUGAACCUGUGGCAGCUGCAACUACUGGAGUUCACGAAAUGCGGAUUGGUUCAGUUACAAUACAAGUAGCAUGUGGAGAUAUUACUCAGGAAACUACAGAUGCUAUAGUGAACAUAAGCAAUUCUUCAUUUAACCUGAAAGAAGGUGUUUCCAAGGCAGUUCUGGAGAAAGCGGGACCUGCGGUGGCAGCAGAAUGUGCUCAGCUGGCAUUGCAGCUUCAUAACAACCUAAUAUGCACUCAAGGAGGGAAUCUGAGGUGCAAGAAUAUAAUCCACCUUGUUGCCAGUAUUGAUACAAAAGCACAAGUUGCUAAAAGUCUCACAGAAUGUGAACAGAGACAGUUCACCUCUGUUGCCUUUCCUGCAAUUGGGACAGGGAAGGCAGCACGGGAUCCAGCUGUAGUGGCUGAUGAUAUGAUGGAUGCCAUAGUGGAAUAUGCAAGCAAAACCUCUUCCCCAGUGGUGACGACUAUUAAAAUAACAAUUUUCCAGCCACAUCUAGAAAAUGUAUUUUAUACAAGUAUGCAGAAAAAAGAAGGUGCAACCAGCAAGCCUGGUGCUAGCUCACAAAAAUCAAUUCUCUCGAAAGUAGCAGCAUUCUUUGGUUUCAGCAAAUCGCCUACAGAGACGAAACCUCCAAUACUUUUGGAGAAUAUUGUAAAACCAGCCAUUUUUCAGAUUUGUGGUGACAGUCAGAAAAACGUGGAGAAGGCAGAAUCAUGGCUCAGGGAUCUGAUUUUAAAGAACCAGAAUGAAACCACUGUCUCGGAUGAAUGCAUCUCGAUCUUUGGAGAAAGAGAAUAUGAGAUACUUGGAGAGCUCCAGAUGAAAUUGCAUGUUGUCAUUAAAUCAGAAACUCUGAACUCUUCUCCUUCCCUCCGCAUUUUUGGUUUAAGCAGAGAUGUCUUAAGUGCCAACUUAGAAAUACAACAAGUGAUCCAAAGGAUCAGGAAAGCCCGAGAGGAGCAGUCCAAGGCUGAUCUUCUUAGCAAUCUUGUAGAGUGGCAGUACGAAGACAAUGGCCAUUACAAGCUCUUCGAUAACCUGACAAGCAUGCAUCUAGAACGUGCAUGGCAAAAGAAGAGCACGCAUGAUGUAAUGAUAAAGGACAGGAACUACAAAGUAGACCCAACUCGACAGCUGGCAACAGAUGACAAAGGCAGAAGCAUUAAUAUUAAGCGUAUUUCAAAAGCAGAAGAUAAAUCUCCAAUGGCACUUCCUGAAGAGUGGGUGGACAUGCAGCAAAAGUUAGUGAUUGCAGUGGAGCUGAAUCCAAGAACAAAGGAAUAUCAGGAUGUCCAGCAAAUGUUUAACAAGACAUGCCAGUUAUUCACAAUUGAAAAGAUCGAGAGGAUCCAAAAUCCAUUCCAUUGGCAGGCAUACCAAAUUAAAAAACAGGAGAUGGAUGCCAAAAAUGGCACUACUAAUAAUGAGAAGCUCUUGUUUCAUGGAACAGCAGGUUCAUCAUUGACUCUCAUCAAUAACUCUGGGUUUAAUCGGAGUUAUGCUGGAUAUCAUGCUGCAGCAUAUGGGAAUGGAACUUACUUUGCUGUUAGCGCCAGCUACUCUGCCCAUGAUACCUAUUCGAAACCAGAUGCAGAUGGGAGAAAGUACAUGUACCUUGCUAGAGUGCUUGUUGGAGAAUAUUGUGCUGGAUCGCCAGGCUUAGUAGUUCCAAAGGCAAAACAUGGAAGUGAUCCCACUAACCUGUAUGACAGUGUGACUGACAAUGUGAAAAAGCCCUCCAUGUUUGUCAUCUUCAAUGAUAUUCAGGCUUAUCCAGAAUACCUCAUUACUUUUAAAAAAUAAACUUUCCUCUUUUUUUUUACAUUUCACUUCUUUACAUUACUGCCACAUUAUGCAUUUAUAUGCUAAUAAAUGAAGGUAUUCAUGUGGGUGUGUAAAGGUCAGUGUAUGCAGGCUGGGACUAAAGCAAGAUACCUUGCUUUAAAAUAACAAAUAAACUAUAAUAAUAAAUAAAA